UUUCCUGUCGGGAGUGCCUCCGGGAAUAACCAGGCUGAAACAAUGGAAGACCUUUAUGUGGCAAACACGAUCUUCGCCCUCAAUUUUUUCAAGCAUCUGGCAAACACCAGCACCACCCCGAAUCUCUUCUUCUCCCCCUGGAGUAUCUCAUCCACCAUGGCCAUGGUCUACCUGGGUGCCAGGGGCAACACUGCAGACCAGAUGGCCAGGGUGUUUCAAUUUAACAAAGUUGGAGUCCAUGAAGUCCCCGCAGUGACCCCGGAGAAGUUCACGGGCUGUGAACUCGUGCAGCAGAUCCAGAAAGGCCCUUAUCCUGAGGCUAUUUUGCAGGCACAAGCUGGAGAUAAAAUCCAUUCGUCUUUCCAUUCGCUCAGCUCUGCAAUCAACGCAUCCACAGGGGGGUAUUUAUUGGAGACUGUCAAUAAGCUGUUUGGAGAGAAGUCUGCGAGAUUCAAGGAAGAAUAUAUACAACUCUCCAAUAAAUACUACUCUACGGAACCCCAGGCGCUUGACUUCCUAGAAUGUGCAGAAGAAGCCAGAAAAGAGAUUAAUUCCUGGGUCAAGACUCAAACCAAAGGCAAAAUCCCAGACUUGUUACCUGAAGAUUCUGUAGACAGGGACACCAAGAUGGUCCUGGUGAAUGCUGUCUACUUCAAAGGAAAGUGGAAAACUCCGUUUGAGAAGAAAUUAAACGGGCUUUAUCCUUUCCGUGUGAAUGCGACUCAGCGCACACCUGUUCAGAUGAUGUACCUGCGUGAAGACCUGAACAUUGGAUACAUAGGGGACCUAAAGACUCAGAUUCUAGAACUCCCAUACACUGGAGAUGUUAGCAUGUUCCUGUUGCUUCCAGAUGAAAUUGGGACUAUGUCUACUGGCUUGGAGUUGCUCGAAAGGGAAAUAACCUAUGAUAAAUUCAUUAAGUGGACCAGCAAAGACACGAUGGCCGAAGAUGAUGUGGAAGUGUACCUGCCCCAGUUCAAAUUAGAAGAGCGUUAUGAGCUCCAGUCCAUUCUCAGGAGCAUGGGCCUAGAGGAUGCCUUCAGCAAGAGCCAGGCCAAUUUCUCCGGAAUGUCCGAAAGGAAUGACCUGUUUCUGUCCAAAGUGUUCCAUCAGGCCACUGUGGAUGUGAACGAGGAGGGCACUGAGGCAGCCGCUGGCACCGGGGCCACGAUGUCAGGGAGAACUGGCCACGGUGGCCCACAGUUUGUGGCGGAUCAUCCUUUUCUCUUCUUUAUCCUGCACAAAAUCACUAAGAACAUUCUCUUUUUUGGCAGGUUUGUCUCACCCUAAAGUGGAAAAGUUCCGUUUCUGCACAAGAUUUUGUAGUAUGAACUGUAAGCCUCAGAAUUGCUGUUAGUUGCCAAACAUUUAGAGACUUUUUCUACCUAUUUCUGGGUUUUUUUUCCCCUCUGAACAACUUCUACUACAUGCUAAUGAUAAGUACAGAAAUAACUAGACCACUGUCAACCAUAACUCUGCAACCCUGUUAACCAUUUGGUCUGUAAGUGGAAGGAU